ACAACAUGUGACGUGGCUGAAGCUGCUGAGCAGAAAGAGACAGAACCACAGAUCAUUUCUCUGAUCUGAUCAAAACCUUUAAAACCUUCAACUUGUCAGAUUUGAACUUUAAACUGAAACAAGGAGGAGAAACACUUCCUGUCGCUGGUUCAGUGCAGGGGGGGGGGUUAGCUGCUAGCUAGCUGCUAGCAUCGAGUCCUGACAGCUGAGUGAGGACAAGUUAUGCACUAAGACAUUAAGAUGUCUGACAGUGAAGCUACAGCAGCUGAGGGUCCAGAGGUGGCAGAAGACCCUCAGGACGCCGGGUCCUCGCCGACCGAGACGCCCGGUGGGACCGAGACGCCCGGAGGGUCCUCGCCCACCGAGACGCCCGGAGUGUCCUCGCCCACCGAGACUCCCGGAGUGUCCUCGCCCACCGAGACUCCUGGAGUGUCCUCGCCCACCGAGACUCCCGGAGUGUCCUCACCCACCGAGACGCCCGGAGGGUCCUCGCCCACCGAGACGCCCGGAGGGUCCUCGCCGACCGCACCUGAGGUGGCGACUGACGUGGCUCCGACGAGGAGAAACAGGAGGAGACCGGAGCCCAAACCUGCAGCUGAAGUAGAGGAGACGCAGGAAGUAGAGGAGCCACCACCGAAGACGCCCAGUGAGACGACUGUGUCUCAGGGUGGAUGGGGAUACUGGGGCAGCUGGGGAAAGUCCAUCUUAUCCACAGCAACAUCUACUGUGGCCACUGUGGGUCAGGGCCUCAGUCAGGCGAUCGAGAAGGCCGAGACGUCGCUGGGGAUCCCGAGUCCGACCGAGAUGUCGGCGCAGGUGGAGGAAGAGGAGAGACAGCAGACUUCUUCUCCUGAAGGUGGCGCCAGCGGUGAGCCGGACGGAGCUGUGGGAGGAGCUAUGGGAAUGUUCUCAUCGCUCUCCAGCGCAGUCCAGAGCACAGGGAAGACGAUGAUCUCCGGCGGCCUGGACGCUCUGGAGUUCAUCGGGAAGAAGACGAUGGACGUGAUCGCAGAAGGUGACCCCGGCUUCAAGAAGACCAAAGGCCUCAGAUUCCACAACUCCACUCUGUCUCAGGUGUUGAGGGAGGCGAAGGAGCAGGAGGAGCUGCAGACGAUGGAGGGGGAGUCGUCCGAUUCCGAGAGGAAGGUGGUGGCUCACUACGGGAUGCUGUUUGAUGAGUUCCAGGGUCUGUCCCACCUCGAGGCUCUGGAGAUCCUGUCCAGGGAGAGCGAGUCUAAGGUGAAGUCGGUGCUGACGACCCUGUCGGGAGACGAGCUGCUGCAGCUCAGGGAAGAGCUGGAACGCAUCAAAGAGUCUUUCUCCCUCGUGGAGUUCGAUGACGAGGACGUUGACGAGCAGAAAGAUGAGGACGGCUCCGAGUUCGAGGAGGAGUUAACGAAGGCGUUGGAGGGUCUGAGUGUCUCGGCCACCGCCGGGAAACUCAGCAAAGCCUGUAAGAGUGCGUCCAGCCAGAUCAGCGCUAUGAGCCGAGCCGAGGAGGAAGGAGAAGCUGGAGACGAGCUGGUGAAGAAAACAGCUUCUGUAGAGGAGGUGCACGCCGCCGCCAUCAGGAGCCUGGCGGAGCUGACGGCCCGAUCCAUCGAGCUGUUCCACAAACUGGCCGAGAUGAUCCUCUUCUCCAGCGGCAGCACCGAGGCCGGCGUCCUGUCCCAGUUAACGGUUGUUCUGUGUAGAGAAAUCUCGCUGCUCUCCAAGAAGUUCACUUCCUGUUUGACAACUGCAGGCUCCAAUGAGAAGAGAGACGUCCUCAACCCGCUGAUCACAGGCGUCUUCUUAGAGGCGUCCAACAGCGCCUCCUACAUCCAGGACGCGUUCCAGCUCCUCAGGCCCAUCCUGGAGAUUUCUCACAUCCAGAGGACGGCUGACUCCGCGGAGCAGUGACCCCACGGUGUGACCUCUGCCCUCCGACCCCGUCCCCCCCCGUCCAGGACUCUGUCACAGCGGAUAACUGACACAUCUCUAAAACUUUUAAAAGUGGCCGUGUCAGUGUUUUCUCUGUUUUUCCAGCUCAGGACAAAAUCUAUUUCACGCCUGGGAAGAGAAAGUGUGUUCUUGUCAAACAGUGUUAUACUAUUUGUGCUUUGCAGGUUCACAUUACAAGGACUCGUUGCAACACUCGUUUUUUCGGAAGGGAAACAAAAUGCAUUUAUGAUAAACAAGGUUCAAUAUUAUGGUUCUUUUAUUCCAACGUCUGCACUUUCUUCUGACAGAACCUGUCGUCUGGAUUCUGUCUCAAAGAACAAUCGACUUGUAAAUUGUCAAACAUGAUGGAGACACCACUGUGGAUUUGUUAAAAACAAACAAAGGUGUGUGUGAUCUUAAUAAAUAUUAAGAUAUGUAUUUGGUUUUCUAUGCAGAUGUUUCUUAAAUCAUGUCAUCCAGUAUAUUUCCUGGUCCAGGAGCUGAAGGUUAUUUUUCUUAAAGGACACAAAGAAGGAAUGGAGGCUUAGUUUUAACAUGUGUUAGUCAGGCCUAUGAGGGAAAGACACUAGUGACAGCUUUGUGCGUUCAAAUGACAAACAUGUUCCUUUUCAGACUUGUUCUGUUUAAAAGACGAGAAACUUGAGGGAAAAUGUUCGUGAUUUAAUCUGAACAUCCACAAAAAGAACAAAAAGAGGCUCCAGCUCUUUACAAAUCCGCUGAAAUAACAAAACGGCUCAGAUCUCUAUUUACACAGAAGAAAUUGUAUAUAGAUUAAUUUCUUUUAAGAAUUGUGCAACACUUUAUUCUGCUAAAAACUUGAAUUUCCCUUCCUAUCUUCUCCCUGAUUAAACUUCGUUAAAGAAAAGUAAAACAUUGUGAUUGAUGCACCACCAGGAGAAAAAUCCAUCUCUUUAUUGUUAUGUUAUAUUCAGAACUUCAGGUGUUUACGUAUCCGACAGAGAAGCUUCUAUCUCGUCUCUUUUUUAGCGAGUUACCUUCAGGUGGAUCAUUUGUUUUAUAUCAAACUGCCAUCAGCAGUGUGACGUGGACGAGUGAUCGUCUUGCAGCAUCGUACUGUGCACCGGGUGUUUGAGACUUUCAAAUAAAUGCUCUGUCACAA